GGGAGUCGGCGCCUGCGUACUAAGACCCGUGUGCAGCAGCGGCGGCGGCGGUAGAGGCGGCGGCGGCGGCGGCGGCGGCGGCAGUGGGCUCGGAGGCAGCGGUUGGGCUCGCGGCGAGCGGACGGGGUCGAGUCAGUGCGUUCGCGCGAGUUGGAAUCGUAGCCUCUUAAAAUGGCAGAUGAUUUGGACUUCGAGACAGGAGAUGCAGGGGCCUCAGCCACCUUCCCGAUGCAGUGCUCAGCAUUACGUAAGAAUGGCUUCGUGGUGCUCAAAGGCCGGCCAUGUAAGAUUGUGGAGAUGUCAACUUCCAAGACUGGCAAGCACGGCCAUGCCAAGGUCCAUCUGGUUGGUAUUGACAUCUUCACUGGGAAGAAAUAUGAAGAUAUCUGCCCGUCAACUCAUAAUAUGGAUGUCCCCAACAUCAAAAGGAACGAUUUUCAGCUGAUUGGCAUCCAGGAUGGGUACCUAUCACUGCUCCAAGACAGUGGGGAGGUGCGAGAGGACCUCCGUCUGCCUGAGGGAGACCUUGGCAAGGAGAUUGAGCAGAAAUAUGACUGUGGAGAAGAGAUCCUGAUCACGGUGCUGUCCGCCAUGACAGAGGAGGCGGCUGUUGCAAUCAAGGCCAUGGCAAAAUAACUGGCUCCCAGGGUGGCUGUGGUGGUAGCAGUGAUCCUCCAGCCUGCAGAGGCCCCCUCCCCCAGCGUGGCCCAGCUCUGGCCUGGCUCUUGGCUGGACUCCUCCUAUACGAUUUAUUUGACGUUUUAUUUUGGUUUCCCCUACCCCUUCAAUCUGUCGGGGAGCCCCUGCCCUUCACCCUGCUCCCUUGGCCAGGAGUGAGUGCACCAUGGCCUUGGUGAAGCUGCCCUCCUCUACUCCCCUCGCACUACAACCCUGGUGGGGGAGACGGGGUGGGUGCUGCUUGUGGUUUAGUGUUUUUUUUUUUUUUUUUUUUUUGGUUUUUUUUUUUUUUAAUUCAAUCUGGAAUCAGAAAGCUGUGGAUUCUGGCAAAUGGUCCUUAUGCCCUUCCCCAACUCUUACCUGAUCUGACCCCUUAUUUCCUCCAUAGCUCUCUAUCCCAAGCACCACCCCCACAGACUGGGGACCAGCCCCCUCCCCUGCCUAUGUCUCUCCCCAGAUCCCUUUAGAUGGGGAGGGAAGAGGAGGAGAGGGGAGGGGACCUGCCCCCUCCUCAGGCAUCUGGGAGGGCCCUGCUCCCAUGGGCUUCAUCCUUUCCUGCGGGCUCUCUCCCCGACACAUUUGUUAAAAUCGAACCUGAAUAAAACUACAAGUUUAAUAUGAA